UGAGGUAAGUAUCGCCAGCCUGCCCUCCUCCAGGCGAGCCUGCACGGCCACCGAUUUACACAAGACGACACUGGCCCAACUUAUAUCUGCUCACUUAACGGUUUUUUAACUGUGUUUCAUUCGAGCAAUGAAUCCCGAUAUUCAGAGAGAGCGAAAAAAUGCGUCCUUUGACGUCGAAAAACUCACCCAUAUUCUGGACGGUGGCCCUGAAAAGACCCGAAGGAGGCGAGAAAUUGAGUUGCUGGUAAUCAACGACCCAGACUUUCAACACGAGGACCUUAACUUCCUGUCCCGCAGCGAACGCUAUGACCGGGCAGUUAAAAAAAGUGCCCAGAUGAUCCAGAAGCUCAGGGAGUACAACAUUGCCGACCCAGAAGAGAUCUACUGCUAUAAGAGCUGUGUGCACUGCGGCAGACCGGAGCCCCUGGAUCUCCAUCUGGGCAUGUUCCUGCCCACCCUGCUCAACCAGGCCACCCCAGAGCAGAUGGACCGCUUCUUCAUGCCUGCCUGGAAUCUGGAGAUCAUCGGCACCUACGCUCAGACUGAGAUAGGCCACGGCACUCACCUCAGAGGUUUGGAGACUACUGCCACGUAUGACCCAGCCACACAGGAAUUUGUCUUGAACAGUCCUACUAUCAGCUCCAUCAAAUGGUGGCCUGGAGGACUUGGAAAGACGUCCAAUCAUGCCAUAGUCCUUGCUCAGCUUCACUCUCAGGGGAGGUGCCAUGGUCUGCAUGCCUUCAUAGUACCCAUUCGCAGCAUGAGCACCCAUGAACCGCUGCCAGGAAUUACUGUUGGAGAUAUUGGUCCCAAGUUUGGCUUUGAUGAAGUAGAUAAUGGCUACCUGAAACUGAAGAAUGUACGGAUCCCACGUGAGAACAUGCUUAUGAAAUAUGCCAAGGUGGAGCCAGAUGGUAGCUACGUGAAGCCACCCAGUGCUAAACUGACCUAUGGCACCAUGGUCUUCAUCCGCUCCAUGAUCGUAGGCCAGUCAGCCCGCACCCUCGCUAAGGCCUGUAUAAUUGCCAUCCGCUACAGCACUGUCCGACACCAGUCUGAAAUCCGCCCUGGAGAGCCGGAGCCCCAGAUCUUGGACUACCAAACACAGCAGUAUAAGCUGUUCCCUCUGCUGGCCACUGCCUACGCCUUCCACUUUGUCGGCCAGUACAUGAACAAUACCUAUCACCGCAUCACUGGAGACAUCAGCCAGGGUGACUUCAGUGAACUACCUGAGCUCCAUGCCCUGUCUGCUGGUUUGAAGGCAUUCACCACCUGGACAGCCAGUUCAGGAAUCGAGGCAUGCCGUAUGUCCUGUGGUGGCCAUGGUUACUCCCGCAGCAGUGCACUACCAGACAUUUAUGUCACCUUCACUCCCACCUGCACCUAUGAGGGGGAGAACACAGUCAUGAUGCUGCAGACAGCGAGAUACCUUUUAAAGAGCUACCGGCAGGUACAGGCGGGCCAGCGGCUGAAUGGCAUUGUGUCUUACCUGAAUGAUGCCGAACAGCAGAGGGUCCAGGCCCGGCCCGUCUCUGCUAGACCAACCGUGGUCAAUAUCAACGACUUGGCCAGUCUGGUAGAGGUCUACAAGCUACGAGCUGCCAAGCUGGUGGAGUUGGCAGCUAAGAGCAUCCAGCAGGAGCUCCAGCGCAGGAAGAGCCAGGAGGAUGCCUGGAACAACAGCGCCAUAGACCUGGUUAGAGCAUCAGAUGCCCAUUGUCACUAUGUUGUGGUGAAGCUGUUUUUAGCAAAGCUGGGAGAGAUUGGAGACACAGCGGUGCACUCAGUGCUGUCAACCCUAGCUUUGCUUUACGCCCUGCACGGCAUUGCACAGAACUCUGGAGACUUCUUACAGGCAGCUCUGCUUACAGUGCCUCAGGUGCUGCAGGCCACUGUCCGGCUGAAGGAGCUGCUGUCUCAGCUGAGGCCAAACGCCGUAGCUCUGGUAGAUGCCUUUGACUACCGUGACCAGAUGCUGAACUCGUCCUUGGGACGAUACGAUGGAAAUGUUUACGAACAUAUGUUCGACUGGGCCCGUAGCUCUCCCCUCAACUGCACAGAGGUUCAUGAGUCCUAUCACAAGUACCUGAAGCCUCUGCAGUCCAAACUUUAAGGUGACUUCAACCCCUGAUACUAACCCUAUGUGGGAACCGUAAAAUGGCCUCUUCCUGCCAUCAUCGGCCGUCCACCAGUCAGAAGUGUCUAUUUAACCUAACCUACCAUUCUUUGUAUUUUGUUUCUCUGAAGGCCAUACUGUAUUUUAAAGCAAUCUAAACAGGAGAAGUGCUCUUCUGUAGUGAUCAGGUUGGGUAAAUGUGGCCAUUUUAAUGUGGGCUCAAACUGUUAACCUCCUCCAGUAGAACCCUAUUUAGGAAUGAAAACAAAACAAAAAGUGCUAAAAAAAAUAAAAUCCUCAUCAGAAUUAACAGAAUCAUUCAUCUACACUGCACCAGAAUGUUGCCCACAUAUCAACACCUGAAUACCAGCGUUACCUGGCAUUGUCCACCUUUCUAACGGCUAGCCAUUUCAGUGUAUAGGUUUUCAUGUCUAACACAUUGCACUUUGCUCUGUGCAUAGAGAUGUCUGGUUAAAACAAACAAGAGAAUCAUCGGUAGAAUGUUAAUGUAGGGGCCCUUUCAAUGACUGAUGAAAUUAAACAGUCUCGGGAUCGUGUGUAUCUUGAGUCUGUUGAGAAUCAGUCAAAGUAAUGGCUCUGUCUUUAGAAAUGUAUGUACAGAAAUUGUUCAUCUUUGAGAGAGGUGUGUGUGUGUGUGUGUGUGUGUGUGUGUGUGUGUGUGUGUGUGUGUGUGUGUGUGUGUGUGUGUGUCGGAAGGCGCAAUCAUGCAUCUGUUUGUGAGAAAAGACAGACCAGAAAAGGCUUUACAAUCACACAGAUAAUGAUGCAAGGUGAAUUGUAAUUGAUAAUGUUGCAAGUUCAAGCAUAUUGCGAAAAGCACAUCAGAGAAGUACCAGCCUGAAUUUGGAAUAAGCCCAUUUUUUCAAUGUAUACAAAACAGAGGACCUGCUAUUAAAGUGCUUAAUACAUAAAGGUGUACAAGAAAAUCCUCCCUCCUUACUUUUUUGGGCUCAAUCAUUACCAAGAAAGAUCAUGCAAGCCAAUGGCUCAAACUAAUUUAUUAGUACUGUAAUGAUAAUAAUGAUAAUGAUAAUGAAUAAGCUGUUAAUAAACUCCAGUCCUACUGAAGUGGUACCUGUACUGUGUAAUUCCUACUGACAGUGAAGCCCAAGCAUCCGACGACUGGAUAACUGUUCAGAUUACAGCUCCUUCCCCUUGGUAACUAGGACGGGAUUAUUCUGUACCAAACUCUAAAACCAUCGGCUCUGACAAACAGAAACUGGUUAUAUACAGAGAAAAGGGAACUGUGAGCUUUCCUCUCUUUUUGUAGCAGUUUUUUUUUUCGUAAGGGGAAGUGGAUUUCCACUGUCUUGAGUUGCAGCUACAGGACCAGACAGAACCAGCUCUGUCACUUUGUAAAUAACACUUUCAAGUGAAAACAGGGAGCUGUAAUCGAAAGCCUCACUGUGAACUGUAAAGGAGAUUUUUGGAAAGAAUUACGUGCCUGAGGAAGUUUUCUUCCCUGAAUAUAACUCAUGUGAAAUGAUCUCGCACAAUGUUCCUCCCAUUCCCAUUCUGUUCAGUGACUUUGAUCGAUUGUUGUAGCUAAAUCAACUGCAUAGUGAUUUUUUUCCUUGAUGAUUUGUGUGUAAUAAUGCACAGAUGGAUUUCCAAGAAUGAUCAUUCUUUCAAGCAAGUGAUUUUAUGUAUUGAUUUUUUUUAAUGGCUGGAAAAUGAUUUGUCAUGACAAUUCUAUUAAUAAAAUACUUAAAUAACAAA